AUGAGUUACAUCACCAGACCCAAGGUCACCCAUCCCGCUUUGGCCCGCAACGAUCUGGGCCUGACGAUGCGCGAUUACGUGGGCGGCAUGUCCACGCUAUGCGCCGGCUGCGGGCACGACUCGAUCACCGGCGCCCUGAUUCAGGCGGCGUUCGAACUCUCGAUCCCGCCUCACGGAAUGGCGAAACUCAGCGGAAUCGGCUGUUCUUCCAAGACGCCUGCCUACUUUGCCUCGUCUUCGCACGGGUUCAAUUCGGUCCACGGGCGCAUGCCCUCCGUAUCGACCGGCGCGGCGGCGGUAAACGGCCAGCUGCAGUACAUCGGGAUUUCCGGUGACGGAGACUCGCUCUCGAUCGGCAUCGGCCAAUUCGUGCACGCCAUGCGGCGCAAUCUCAACAUGCUGUACCUGAUUGAGGAUAACGGUGUGUACGGCCUUACCAAGGGACAGUUCUCGGCCUCGGCGGACGCCGGCAGUACGGCCAAGCGCGGUGAAGUCAAUGAGCAGCCCGCUAUCGACCCCUGCCUGUUGGCCAUCGCCUCGGGAUGCAGGUUCGUGGCGCGCGGAUUCUCCGGAGACCGGGCUCAACUGGUGCCCUUGCUCAAGGCAGGAUUGUCGCACCGCGGAUUCGCGAUGAUCGACGUUAUUUCACCCUGCGUAACCUUCAACGAUCACGAAGGUUCGACCAAGAGUUACCGUUUCACGCGUGAAAACGCCUAUCCGAUAGGCCACACGGACUUUAUACCCCCGGAGGUGGAGAUCAAGGCUGAGAUUGGCGUGGGGGAAGCCCACCGGGUGGACUUGCACGGCGGCGAGAGUAUUCUGCUGCGCAAGCUGGCGAAGGAAUACGACCUGAGCGACCGGGGAGCGGCCUACCACUAUCUCAGUCGGCGGCAGGGCAAGGGCGAAGUGGUGACGGGUCUCCUUUUCAUGCAGGAAGGCGGGGCGGACAUGCACGAACUCAGUCGCCUGGGCGAGACCCCGCUGUCGACACUGCAACACGAGCGCCUUUGCCCCGGAUCAAACGCCCUGGCCGAAUUGCAGGACCGCCUCCGCUAG